AUGGGGUCGAAGAAAGCCCUCGUUGCUGUGAAAGCCUCAGCUUCCAAUACCGGUUCUUCAUCUUCGAGACUAUCGACUUCUUCCUCGAGGUUGUUAGCUCCUACGGCUAGUUCGUUGGCAAAGGCACACAGAGCCUCUGCAGUGCUUAAACCGGUGAUUGAGGUUCAAGCUUCUAAGAGAGUGGUUCAGCCGAAAGUCACUACUCAGCCUGGGCCUAAUACCCCAGACGAUGCGGCGCUUUCGAUGAUCACGAAUAGCCCUAAGCCUUCAUCUUCUUCAGGGCCUUUCUCACCACGUCCAGGGGGUGUUUUUGAUCGACCACUUGACCUUCCCUCGGGUAUACCGACGCCCGUGAAGAAGAGGACUCUUCUUCCAGCUGCUGCUGGGCCAUCAUCAUCCAAUGAGGGCGAGAGCACGGUUAUACGACAACGCUCCUUGGCAGGUCGAAAACCUCGUAUUUCGCGGUCCAAAGUUAUAGCGCGCUUGGCGUCCCAGCGAGCCGCUGGCACCAGUGGAUCAACCAUUGCACCCCGUGCGUCGAAUGGGGGCAAAACGAGGUCGAGCUUUGGUGCGAAGGCUCAAAGGUCGAGUUUUACGGGUGGUGGGAGUAGUGGGAAUGUGUUGAUGAGUGCGAAGAAGAGGGCGAGGCAGAGUGAGUAUGCGAGGAGACGGAGUCGUUUGGUGGUGGGGAAUGAGGGUGGGGGUGGGGGUGGGAGCAUGGAUGUGAGUGAUGGUUGA